CCCUAUAAUCUUGGAUCCAAGCCACCAUGUGACAAAGCUUGUCAUAAAGGAACAUGAUGAAGUACUGUUGCACCCUGGCCCAGAAAGAGUUCUUGCUGAAAUACGACGUAGAUUUUGGAUCUUAAGGGGCAGAGAAGCAAUACGGAAACAUCAGUAUACAUGUCUAGAAUGUCGUCGUUGGAAAGCCAAGCCUGACAUUCCUAAAAUGGCUGAUUACCCCCCUGCUCGACUGCGACUUCAUAAGCCACCUUUCUAUUCAACUGGAGUUGAUUGCUUUGGACCUCUCCAAGUGAAAAUUGGGCGCCGCACAGAGAAACGAUGGGGUAUUAUCUAUAAGUGCAUGACAACUCGUUCUGUACACUUGGAACUACUGGAGAAUCUUGAUACGGACGCAUUCCUGCUAUCCUUAAGAAGAUUCAUCUCACGACGCGGCAAACCCUUUGAACUCCUCAUGGACAAUGGUACCAACUUUGUUGGUGGAGAACGUGAAUUACGUGAAGCAGUUGCUUCAAUGGAACCACAGUUGAGAGAGCAACUUGCAGAGCACCAGAUUUCAUUCCGAUUCAAUCCUCCAAGCGCACCACAUUUUGGGGGCACAUGGGAGAGAGAAGUAAAAUCCAUUAAGACAGCACUCAGAGUUGUUCUCAAAGACCAAACAGUCCCUGAACCAGUAUUACUGACAACAUUGAUAGAGGUUGAAGGCAUAAUGAAUGCUAAACCUCUUGGUUACCUGUCUUCGGACGCCUCAGACCCAGACCCAGUCACGCCCAAUCUCCUUCUUAUGGGCCGUCACGAUUCAUCUCUACCUCAAGCAAUCUACGAUCCCUGUGGUCUCGGAAAAAGACGUUGGAGGCACAGCCAAGUCCUAGCAGAUCACUUCUGGUCAUCUUUCAUCCAGCAUUACCUGCCAGGGCUUCAAGAACGUAACAAGUGGAGGAACGAUGGCAAGACCCUUUUGGCCGGUCAAGUUGUCUUGAUAGUGGAUCCUCAACUCCCCCGAGGAUCGUGGCCUGUAGGACGGAUCACUCAGACACAUCCAGGAGCAGAUGGACGGGUCCGGACUGCCAGAGUACAAGUGAAGAAUCGCACCUACCUUCGCCCAGUCGCCCGACUGAUCAUGCUUCCACCUCUUGAUGACGAGGACACUACCUCAUAGACUUUCUUCUAGUUCCAACUGCCAUACGGACAGUUGGGGGCGGCUGUGUACGAAAGCCUAUUGUGUGCCUUUAACCAGUUUUGUGAUGUUCCUAUGCCUUUAAGUUGAUAGGUCAAUCUGUGACGUCAUUUCCCCUUUAAAGCACGUCUUUGUCAGAAUAGCCGGUUUCAAUCAGUGGUGGCAGCCAGCCUUGUGUGCGUUGACGACUAAAUCUGCUCAUGGUCCUCCCCCUGGUGUGAGCGUCCUCCUAUGAUUAAGGAGAGAGGACAGCUGGGUGCUCCUUUUCUUUGUCUCAUGUUGAAGGAUGGAGGAGUGAGACACUUUAUCUACCGCUAAAUAAGUCUUAUUUUGAAGAAGAAUAUUUUUGUUUGUGAAAAUAAAUUAUGACCAUUUGGAAUCUAGAAAUAUCUCAGCAAGUGCAAUAUAUUUAGUAACCUAUUUAUUUAUUUAUAAAUGCACCUUAUUGCUUUUUUAUCCUGCACUACCAUGAGCUUAUGUAACGAAAUAUCGCUCUUAUCUGUACUGUAAAGUUCAAAUUUGAAUGACAAUAAAAAGGAAGUCUA